ACACCACUACACCACACCUUAGAUAUAUAUACAGAAAAUAGCUUCACUAUCUAGAUUCCAUGGCAUCAAGGAUGGGAAUGGUGGCUAUUGUGUCACUAUUUGUUUGUGCUCUUGCUGCUUCAACAUCAGUUAAUGCUAAUGUGUGGCAGACUGAUGAUAUACCAGUUGUUAAUAGCAACAUGGUGAGGCAUAGCAACAUGGAGAGGCAACAACAACAAGGUGGAUUUAUUGGCCAUCGUCCAAGACUUGCAUCUUUUAAUAGGGCAUCAAAUCAAGAUGGUGAUCGAAAAAGAACUGUGCCUAGUGGGCCAGACCACAUGCAUCACAGCAUCCCAUCGCAUACCCCUCAGCAUCCACCAGUGUAUGUCCAAGCUCUUUAUGAAGAUGAUAGAAGUAGAACAUCUUCUGGUCCAUCCAAAUCGAUAGGCCCUCCACCAUUAUCGGAUAGAUACUAGUUCAUGCAAAGGUAUAGAGUGUUUAUGCACCUACGCCAAUGAAUAAUCUCUAACUACCCACAUGUACUGGCAUGGUGUUUGGUAAACAUGAAGCAAUAAUUUCCUCUUAUC